AUGACUCUUCCACUACUUUUCUUCACACUAUCUCUUCUUUUGGGCCAAUCCAUUUCUGACCCUGACCCACUUCAAGAUUAUUGCAUUGCAGAUAACAAAAACACAUUUUUCACAAAUGGGCUACCAUGCAUUGACCCAAAACAAGCCACAUCAUCUCAUUUUGCAACAUCUUCACUAUCAAAGCCCGGUAACACAACAAACAUGUUCGGUUUUAGUGUCACGCCGACAAGCCCAAUUAACCUACCUGGGCUCAACACAUUGGGCCUUACAUUAGUCCGUGUCGAUAUAGCGGGUAAUGGAAUCGUACCACCGCAUUCUCACCCGCGGGCCUCGGAAGUUACCACGUGUUUAAAAGGGCUUUUACUCGUGGGCUUUGUUGAUACGUCGAACCGGGCUUUUACGCAGAAUUUAAGCCCGGGUGAGUCGUUUGUUUUUCCGAAAGGACUUGUGCAUUUUUUGUAUAACCGUGACUCUAAGGAACCAGCAAUAGCAAUUUCUGGGCUUAAUAGCCAAAACCCAGGUGCACAAAUUGCUUCAAUUGCAACAUUUGCUAGUACACCUUUUAUUCCUAAUGAAAUACUUAAGAAGGCUUUUCAAAUUAGUGGUCAAGAAGUUGAAAUUAUUAGGAAGAAACUUGGUGGUUGA